AGAGAGAGAGAGAGAGAGAGAGAGAGAGAGGGAGAGAGAGAGAGGCCAAGUCCCGGGCCAGCUUCUUGAGAGAGAAGAGGAAGGGGGGCAAGGUUGAAAAAGACUGACUCUCUGGAGCCGCAAGGCAGAUGUGAUGGACUCUGUGCACAGAAAGUGACAAGAUCCUUCUGUGAAGCAACAGGAAGAAUCCACACCAUGCUGGCACAUCACAGCUUUCUGGACACAACAUACCAUUACGGGAACUAACUAUUCUACAUAAAAACUACUUUCUUUUCUUGCAGCGUGUACCAUUUUUUAAAUGCAUUUUUCAAUUGGAUGUUUGUAAACAUUCAAGAGCUGUACCUCAAACCUCGCAGGGAGUCUACAACUGACCUGGGACUGUGCAACAAGUCUGGCUGCCGCUGCUUUCAGAAACGGAUGAAGGUGUCGGAUGUCUGGAGAGGGAUUCUAACAAUUGACCUCUCUUAAUUGACACAAAGGACGCAGAGUGACAGAGAACAGGGGGAGAAGCGAGGGAGCUGGUGAGAGUGAGAGAGAGACAAGCCGGCUUUUUGAGCUUGUGAUGCCUUUCAUCUAGGAGACACUUAAAUCAUCUCUGCCCGGACGGUCCGGGGAUUGAAAGGGACAGCGGGGGAAACCUAGAUCACCUGGUGAGGUCAGACAAACCCAGUUGCCAUGAUGCGCCCUGCAGUGGUGUUGCCGGUUCUGGUUCUGGUGUUGGCGUCGGCGCGUGGCUCCACGGCAGAGCAGGCGCAGGAGUUCCAGAGCAGCGACGAUGGCCCGGAGCGGGAGUUCCUGUACUCCGGCCGGGACAAGCGGUCGACCGACUCCGCGCAGGCCGACAAGUGCUCAUACACCUUCAUCGUGCCCCAGCAGAAGGUGACGGGGGCCAUCUGCGUCAACUCCAAGGAGCCGGACUCGCUGCUGGAGAACCGGGUCAACAAGCAGGAGCUGGAGCUGCUGAACGGGGAGCUCCUGAAGCAGAAGCGGCAGAUCGAGACGCUCCAGCAGCUGGUGGAGGUGGACGGCGGCAUCGUCAACGAGGUCAAGCUCCUGCGCAAGGAGAGCCGCAACAUGAACUCGCGAGUCACGCAGCUGUACAUGCAGCUGCUGCACGAGAUCAUCCGUAAGCGGGACAACGCGCUGGAGCUCUCCCAGCUGGAGAACCGCAUCCUCAACCACACCUCCGAGAUGCUGCAGCUCACCAACCGCUACAAGGACCUGGAGCACAAGUACCAGCACCUGGCCUCGCUGGCCAGCAACCAGUCCAUCCUCAUCGCCCAGCUGGAGGGGCACUGCCACAGGUCGCCGCCCAUCGCGGUUCGCCCCGUUCCCCAGCCGCCGCUCCCGGCCUCCCCGCCAGUCGUGGCCAGGCCCUUCCAUCCUCCCACCUUCACCCGCCAUAUCAAUCAGAUCACCAACGAGAUCCAGAGUGAUCAGAACCACAAGGCGGUGCCGCCCCCGCUUCCCACGAUGCCGAGCGGCACGCACAGUCCCUCCACCUCGGACAAGCCCUCUGGGCCAUUUAAGGACUGCCUGCAGGCACUGGAGGAGGGUCACACCACCAGCGGGAUGUACCUGGUGAAGCCGGAGAACGCCAACCGGCUGAUGCAGGCAUGGUGUGACCAGAGGCACGACCCCGGCGGCUGGACUGUCAUCCAGAGGAGGCAGGACGGAUCAGUCAACUUCUUCAGGAACUGGGAGACGUACAAGCAAGGAUUUGGGAACAUCGACGGCGAGUAUUGGCUGGGCCUGGACAACAUCUACUGGCUGACCAAUCAGGGGAACUACAAGCUGCUGGUGACGCUGGAGGACUGGUCUGGCAGGAAGGUUUUUGCUGAGUACGCAAGCUUCCGGGUGGAGUCCGAGGCAGAGUUCUACAAGCUGAGGGUGGGCCGCUACCAUGGCAACGCAGGCGACUCCCUCACCUGGCACAACGGGAAGCAGUUCACCACCCUGGACAGGGAUCACGACGUGUACACAGGUAACUGUGCCCAUUACCAAAAAGGCGGUUGGUGGUACAACUCCUGCGCCCACUCCAACCUCAACGGUGUGUGGUACCGCGGAGGGCACUACCGAAGCCGCUAUCAGGACGGGGUCUACUGGGCGGAGUUCCGAGGCGGGGCCUACUCCCUAAAGAAAGUGGUCAUGAUGAUCCGGCCCAACCCCAACACGUUUCAUUAAAAGCCACCACACAAGAGACGAAAACCAAAAGCCGACAGUUUUAAUGUGGCUUUUUCCCCCUCGGUUGACUCAUCAAAAAGUGCAAUCCAUACCGUUUCUGAGCUAUCCAUUGUUGCUUCGUAUUUUCACGUUUUGUUUUUUUUAUGUUUCUUUUUUUGUUGCGAGCAUGUAACUGUAGAUAACAUGGUGUGAAAAAGUGCAAUCACCUUGCUGGGGGUUACAAAGACAAGCACAUUCUCCUGGCUUUAGCGCCCUCUAGCAGGACACCAAGGACAUCUCAGAAAAGAGCAACUACUGUAGGAGAGGUGCUUUUUGAUUGGCUGGGAGGCCUUGCCUGACUUCAGUGGAACACUUCAUACACUUUGACAGCUGAGAGGCAACAGAUAUUCUUUCUUUGCAAUUUUAUUUUUCCCCCCAAUUUUUUUGCUGGGUCCCCCUGGAGUGAGCAGUGUUUGUUUUAUGUAUAAAUGCAAAAGUAAAGCCAUUCUUCCACAACAUUUAAAAAAAAAUCCCUCUGUAAAUCUAAACAAUGUGUGAAAAUCUGAAAUACUUGAGGCAUCAAGAUUUUAAGAGUUUGGUGUUUGCCAACAAAUAACAAGAAGCAAUUUGCAUGCUUUUGUCCCAAAAUAAUAUGCAGUACAGCUUAGCAGUAGCACAGUCCUGAGCCAGCAGUGUUAUUGUGUACUCCUGACAUGUACACUAUUGCGUUACAUAAUUCUUUGGAAAAAGAAAGAAAAAAAAAAACGACACAGGAAGUUGUAUCCAGUGAAGCUUAGUAAGUCUUUAUUUUAAGGGAAGUUAGUUUCUUAGAUACUGCUAAACAGAAUAGUUCUCAUGCUCAUCUGGAUGAUUUGACUAUUUAUUUGGAGAUAUCUAGUGAUUCCAAUGGUUCCUAAAACACAUCUCGAUAUAUAAGUAUCUAUUAGACUAGCCAUUAACCUGCUACAUUAAUCAGUGGAUGAGAGUUGAGUAAUGUCUGCUUUGUAUAACUGUCUUGGAGUGACUCCUGAAAUAGGGUUUGGGGUUAGGCAGCUAUGCUAAAUGCUGCUGAAGCCUAUAUCUUGGAAAAAUGAUAUUCAAUGCCUGUUGGGAUGGCAGAUCAAACAGCAAUCCCAAGAUUUGUCUCAGUACAAAUGCUGCACAAUCAAGCUGAUUAUGUUCUUGGCAAAAGUAUUUUGCUUAGAAAUUUCAACAGGACGUAGCACAGGAUUUUUUUAAAAGAGCGGGCUAAGUUAAUGUCUCUAUAGAAAUCUCUAUAGAAACAAAAAACAGGGCUUUUCAAGCAAAUAUACAAUAUUCAAAUAUUUCAUUGGUAUGGCUUCAAUGGUUGAGGAAACUGGCCAAACUUUCUGGAUUGAAACUGGGCUGACUAUUUAUCAUGAGCAAAGAAAUCAAAUAUUAAUCCUUACGGUCCUCUGUAGCCACUAGCUGACCUCUUUAUUGAAGUAUGAAAACCUUGUGAUAAAGGGUUAACACUCUUACCAGUGGGAAUGUCCAAAAUGGUUCUGUUUCAGUUGGUCACGUUACAACUCAGUCUCAGCAAGCAUCACUCACUGUGAUGCAUUGUAUGUACUGUAUAAAUUAAUUGUUGGUAUCAUGUGGAGAUCCAACAUGUCUUUUUUUGUACAUAAAAGUCAUGUCGAUAAAGUAUUUUGUAAUAUAAUGUAUCAAACCUCCCAUGCAUUACCAGACUGUUGCAAUAAACUAUGUACAGCCACAGUUAA